GCAUAAACUGGAAAAGGAUAGAAAUAAAUUAAAAUUUCGGCAAUCAGCGCCAUCUGUACAGUGCCGCAAAUAAAACAAAUAUAGAAGACACAAGAAAAGCAAAUAAUGGAACAAGCAAUAUGAUAAGUAUAUAGAAGUGUAUAUCAAAGCUGCUGUGAGUGCCAUGAUCAUGGAGAAAGUAUUACAGUAUUAUACAUUUAAAUUUUAUUGUGUACAUAUUUUUUUACAAAUAAAUUAAACAAUAAGCAUGCUGAUAAGAGAGUGGUGUACGAUUUUUAUGCAUUUUCUUAUUGCUUGGAGGACGGAUUAGAUCAUCUUAAAACUGAAUAUAUACGAUUAAGUAAACAUCUGACAAAAAGGAAUCUUAUAGAAAGGACGAAGAAAAACGCCGUAACGUUUUACGGCAGAAAAGAAACGGAAACAGAGGUUAGCUUAUUGAACACAACUACCCUAGUCAGUUGUUAAGAUGGCAGUUAUUAUGGUUAUGGUGGUAAUCGAAAUGAUAUCAAUUUAGUUAAAACAUUCAAUGAAAAAACAAAGGAGGAAAGCAAUUCUUAUGAGUGUCAAUGUUUGUGAGCUUCGGUGGUUAUCUUAUCGGUUUUUUAGUUAGUAUCAUUUAAAAAUAUGUGAAUGUAAAGUACUGAAUAGUGAAGGAACAAUUGAUUGUAUAUACAUAUAUAUACAUAUACGCACACGUUUAUCUUCCUUUCAAUAGGUUUAUUUCUCUCUUUUUGUUGUUUUAUUCCGUUUCUCUCUUCAGUCCUUAGUUCUUUCCCUCCCCCUUGUUUAUUAAUUAGUCGUUCUACAGUAUUACGAACAAAUCUUUCAAAGAAUACGAUUGCGUGUCAAAGGAAAUACGAGUCAAUCGUGACUCGAUCGUAAAUUGUUAUCUUGUUCUAUUGAGAUUUAUUGAUUUGUUAAUUAAAAGUAUGACAAAUAACAUAACAAAUACACGGAAUUUGUAAAUUUGUAUCGUGCAAAAUUUAUAAAGGUAAUUAAAUUAAGAAAAAUAGUAUAGAUGAUUGAUAAUUGUUAAAUAUAAUGAUUACUUACUCCUUGUAAUAAUGUCUAAAAAGACUAAUUGCAACAAGAUGUUAGUUCAUCAGUUAUCAUCAGUGCUACCUGAUGAUAGACCUAUCACAGCCAUAAGUGUUGUUGAAGAUAUAGAUAAGUGUCCACCAAAUUUUACAGUGGUAUCAAGAACAUAUGAUCAAGAUACUGAUGCUGAUUUAUGGAGAGAAAGUGGGCUUUUUAUUAAAAAAAAAGGUAGAUAUAUAUGUUUUUCAAAGACUGAAGGUUUACCUCAGUGCGUUGUUGAAGAUAUAGCAGUCAUUAAUGAACGAGAUACUCCUCCAGAAGGAUACAGCAUAAUUUCUUACACUGUAGAUUCAAUGCAGAAAGCAUGGAGAAAGAAACAAGUGUGCUAUAAAAUUAGAAAUAAAGAAUUAUGCUCAAAAGCAGUUACUGAUAUUAUCAUAUGUAGUAGACUUAUACAUAAAGUUUAUAAUACAUCCAAAAUGGCACCAAACGGAUUUAUUGCUGCUGGUAUUGUUAAUGGAGUUUGUGUUUGCUACAAAACUGUGGAUAUUGUAAAUGAAAAUUCAAAUUCACAAUCAUAUGUUAAUAUAGAGUUACUUCAAAGUGUUUCUCCAAAUUCAUCAAAUGGAACAUCUCAUAGAAUACCUCCUGAAAGACCACCAAAACCAACAAAUGGAGUUUAUCCACAAAUUAGUGGAACUGGAGGAAAGGAUAUAGAAGAAUCUGACGAUAGAGAUUAUGAAAUUCUGAAUCCUAAUGUAAGAAUUAGACCAACUAGACCUGCUCCACAACCUCCUACGUCAAUAAUUACUGGAUCUACAUCAAUUUAUGGUACACUGCCAGGAUCUUCUGAUUUAGAUGGAGUUCCAUUUAUUCUAAAUUCACGUCUUAGUGUUCAUUCUGAUUCUUCUACUAAUAAACUUCCUGUAAUUAAAAUUUGGACUCAAGAAAAUUUGGAUAAAGAGUUUUUUUAUGAUUUUCGUGCAGAGAGAGAAACUUGAAGAAACCACUGUGCCAAAUUAAUUGUGUGAUUCUUCAUGCAAUUUUUCAGCUAUGUCUAUACAUUUGUAUUGAUAAUGUAGCACUAGCCAAGUGUAAUAGAGUGCCUGAACGAAUGAUUCAUACUAAUCUGUGAAAAUGGAAUCCUUUUAAAACAUUUAUUGAUGAAAUGUUUGAAUUUAAAUAUUGUCCAUUUUCCGAAGUACUUUUUUCUUCCAUAUUCUAUUUAGAUUUUGAUACCAGUGACAGUUAGCGUUGUAUUUUUAUAGAGUUGCGUUGUAUUUUUAUAGGUAGUAGAAAUUAUAUAUAAUUGUAUCAUAUGUUCUAGUUGUUUAUAAAUCAUCAUAAAAUACUUAAUAUUA